CAACUUCUCUAUCUUUCAGCACCUUACUGGAGCUUUUGUCCUUUUUUGGGAUAAUAUUGUGGAUUAUCCAUAGCCCCAGAAUAUAAGAGUUUCGGAUUUCUACCAGAGGACCCAUGUGGAUGGUGGAGAGGAUCCGCAUGUCAGUGGAGAGAACUAACCUGCCUACCUUGACAGCAGAACUCAGCUAUAAACUUGGUGACAUCAUGCUGGGAGAAAAGGCAGACAAAUCCAAACGGAUUUCUCUUUGUCCUAAUAUCAUCACCCCUGACAACAUCCCAGAAUUCUGCAUCCCCCCAACGAUCCUGUCCUUGCAGGAGAAGAACACGGAGCAAAGCCGAGCAGCUCGCAUUAUGAAGGUGCCUCCAGGUGGAGGACCCAGCCCUGAGACUGAGAUGACGUUUCACGAGCCGUUCAACCAACACAUUAUUCAGGUAGAAAGUGUGGAUGAGAGCCCCUACGAUGGCUGCAGUGAUGAAGAGAGCACCAAUGCUGACCCUCAGAGCCAGGCAGCCUUAUCGCUUCCACACUUAGCCAAAACCCAGACCAGCUAUGGCUUUUGCACUUUACUAGAGAGCCCCCACACAAGAAGAAAGGAGUCAAUUUUCCAUUCUGAUCCAGGCUCUUCUCCCCUGCUGCUGCCCAGAAGUCGAUCCAGCAUGUGUUCCAAACUCACCCCCUCCACCUCGCCCUCCUCCUCUCCUUCCUCCUUCAGCCUUAACAGCCUGACCUCCAGGCUUUCCCCAAGAGGCUACACCCUAAACUGGCAGACCACUCUAGACAGUGAUACCACUUCCUCUACUGAAUCCUCUCCUUUCAGCUCGCCGCUGCUGGCCAGGUGCCCUGCCAAGUCUUCCCUCUUCAAAGCGCUGAGCCAUGAACUGCUGUUGUCAAGGAACAUAAGGAAAGCAAUGGUGUCUAGGAACAAUUCCCUGUCCACAGAUGAAGGCAGCUCCACCGACAACAGCCCCAAUGUCAUGAGGAGAGCAUCAGAGGGGUUAGCUGAAGGGCUGCCCAGCAACUACAGCCUGGCACCACCCACCAUUUUCCCCAUGGACUUGAUUCUGCAUAGAGAGAGGGUCAUGAAGGAAAAAAUGGUGCCCAUUGGAAAAGAGGGCAGUCUGAGACUCUCAGCAGAAUACUGUGCAGAUAACCGAAGACUGCGAGUUCGACUCAUCAGUGCAGAGGGCCUUUAUCCUCUGUCUGUAGACCCCAAGAUUAUCAACUGUAGUGUCAGCCUGUCUCUGAUUCCCGGAAAAAUCCAGAAGCAACGCAGCACUGUCAUCAGAAAGAGCCGUAAUCCGAUCUUCAAUGAGGAUUUCUUCUUUGAUGGUAUCUCAGAGGAAGACCUCAGCCAGCGGUCCCUUCGCUUUAAAGUUGUGAACAAAAUGUCCACUCUGAAAAGAGACUAUCUGCUUGGUGAUUGUGAUUUGCCUCUUUCAAGCAUUGUAACCUUAUAAAGUGAAGUAGUUU